AUGCUUCUCCUGGGCCUGGACAUCAAUGUGGUCGCAACAGCCGUUCCCACAAUCUCAGACUACUUUGACAGUUUUAAGGAAGUGAACUGGUAUGGUUCGGCCUUCCUUCUGGCUUUAUGUGCAACGCAACCGCUUGCAGGCAAGAUGUAUACUUUAUUCCCCUUGAAAUACCUGUAUGUUGGUUUUAUGGCCAUCUUUGAGCUCGGAAAUCUCAUCUGUGCGCUCUCAAUGUCAAGCAACAUGGUCAUCGCUGGCCGGACUGUUGCAGGGUUCGGGGCUUCAGGCCUUUUCAAUGGAGCAGUCGUUAUUCUGACAGCGUGUUCCCCUCCCAAGAUUCGACCUCUUAUAACAGCUUGUGGCAUCUCUAUGAUUGCAAUAGGGGGUAUUGUUGGCCCACUGGUUGGGGGUGCCUUUACUGAGCAUGUCAGCUGGCGUUGGUGUCUAAGACUAACCGGCGAGUGUCGAUGCCUAGGCUUCUGGGUUUUCCUCCCAUUUGGUGGCGUCACCAUGCUCAUUAUGCUGAUACUCCGCGUCCCCGAGCAAACUACCAAGCCCCCAAUGAGCUCUGUCCUCGUCAAACUUCCCAGAAAGCUCGAUCUCUUGGGUUUUGCGCUUUUCGCCAUUGCCUGUACCAUGUUUCUGACUGCCAUCAAUUGGGGUGGAGCAACCUACCCCUGGAGCUCGGCAAAAGUGAUUGGUCUGCUCUGUGGGAGUGCUGGUAUACUGGCGCUCUUCGUCGCAUGGGCUAUCCAUCAGGGUGACGAAUCAUUAAUUCCACCUCAUAUUCUUCGCGAGCCAAAUCUUUUCUUUGGCUGCUGGAUCUCCGGUCUGCAAGGCGGUGCCACCAUCAUGGUGGGUUACUACCUACCUUUGUGGUUUCAGGCUGUCAAGGGAGCCUCGCCAACCGGUAGUGGCCUCAUGAUGCUGCCGACUAUGAUAAGUCAGAUCCUAGGUUCAAUGACGUCGGGCGCACUCGUUCGCAAGCUCCAUUACGUUCCACCUUGGGCAAUCAUUGGCAGUGUGAUGACAGCAGUCGGAUCUGGACUCAUGACCACAUUCACAGCAGAUACAAGCAAGGGGAAGUGGAUUGGCUAUCAGAUCGUCGCGGGGUUUGGACGUGGUGCAGCAUUGAACAUGCCCAUCGUCGCAAGCCAAGAAUAUCUAAGCCCCGACGCCAUUGCUAUUGCCAGUUCUGCUAUUGCUCUGUGUCAAUAUCUGUCUGGGUCCGUUGCUAUCUCCGUGGCGCAGGCUAUCUUCCAGAAUGGCUUGACGCCAGCUCUGGAAAAGUAUGCGCCCAAUGUUGAGCCAGCAAUUAUCCUGGAUGCUGGUGCUACAGGAUAUGCCGAUGUUUUGUCUGCUGACCAGCUCCCCGGAGUCCGAUUCGCGUAUAAUGAAGCAUUGGUCAAGGUCUUUUUUCUCCCCACAGCCACUGCUGCUGUGGCUGCCUUGCUGAGCUUUGGCUUCUCUUGGAAGAAAAUUGGCGUAGAGGAGCACAAUGAGAUGCUUCCAGCUGUUUCAGAUCAUGCGGGUCCACCACCUUGGACAGCGCGGGUCCCAGAAAGUGUGGUCAUUGUUCCAGGAGCACAGCAGCUCCACUGGAUUGAAUGCAAUAAUAUAGUGAAAGCGCUCCCCCAGUUAGUCGCGCAGCCUCAUGACCUCUUGAAGCCCAUGGUCCUCGCAGCCCGUUCGACAAAUGUCCCAGAUGAUGACCACACGGCAGAUGAGGCACUGACCUGGCGGAGUCCGAGGCCAACAGCGAUCUCUACCGCAAAUUUUUUUGAUGUUCUCGAUAACCAGCCCUUGGGCGCCGUCCGCCUUCUCGACGCCCCAGGACGCGCAUCGCCGGGGCCCUCCUCGGCCAACUGCGGUGGGACGACCCUGGGGUAA